AUGCUAUAUUGUGGCAGCUCUAACGUAAUUUCUUUUACUUUUCAGGCCAUUAAGAUGUUAUCUGAUAGUAGCAACUCAAUUCCUAUUGUUCUCCUUAUUACUGAUGGAGCUGUGGAAGAUGAGAGACACAUUUGUGGUACUGUGAAAAGCCUGUUAACAAGCCAAAAGAAUGUUAGUCCAAGAAUAUACACACUGGGCAUAGGUACUUUCUGUAACCAUUAUUUUCUGCGGAUGCUUGCAAUGAUUGGCCGGGGGCAACAUGAUGUUGCUAGUGAUGUGGAUUCCAUUGAGGUUCGCAUAGGAGGACUAUUUGCCAGAGCAUCAUCUAUAUUUAUUGCAAAUAUUGCAUUUGAAAAUCUCAGUAACCUUGAUGAUCUUGAGGUGUUUCCUACUCAAAUUCCAGAUCUUUCAUCUGAAAGCCCGUUGAUUGUGUCCGGCAGAUACCAUGGAACAUUCCCGGAGACCCUUAAGGUCAAUGGUGUCCUUGCAGAUAUGAGCAAUUUUUCUGUAGACCUGAAGGUUGAAGAGGCAAAGGAGAUACCAAUCAGCAAGGUAGUAGCCAAGCAACAGAUUGAACUUCUUACAGCUGAGGCCUGGUUUUCUGAAAGCGAGGAACUGAUUGAGAAGAUUGCCAAAAUGAGUGUCCAGCAUGCUAUUGUUUCCGAAUACACAAACAUGGUUUUGCUCAAGACCCAGAGAGGAAAAACAAGUGCCAACUCAACUGUUGCACAGAAGGUUUCCAGCAAAGUUGAUGCUCACAAGACAGAGGACUCCAAGCCGGAGAGAGUACUAAUCCUUGGUGACAUGGGGCUUGGUUUUGGCAACCUAACAGCCACGCAUGAGAAUGUGGCUCCUGGAUCAGGCGACGUGAAGCACCCGGAUGCUGCGGAGGCUUUCGCACGAGCGGCCUCAAACUGCUGUGGGAGUAUGUGUAACCACUGCUGCUGCAUGUGUUGCAUCCAGACAUGUUCCCGGAUAAACGACCAGUGUGCCAUAGCCCUUACCCAACUGUGUGGGGCCCUGGCGUGCCUCGGCUGUUUCAUGUGCUGUGGAGGACAUGACGGGUGAGGGAUUAAGCUUACGUGAUUUUUUUUUUGCUUUGGGGUGUGGGGGGUGGGGUAGGGAGUCGGUGGAAUUUUGUGUUACAUAGGUUAUGACUUUAUGAGUCCCCGAUGUGGUUUUGUACAUAUAUCCGUGUUUAAAAAUAAAAAAUAAAAUUCGAGGGUUUCCAUGAAUUCGGAGGUGCAUUCAUUUGAGAUUCUUAAAGACUUGUUGAGACUUUAUGAGGAUGACUGUGUUGGUUCGGUUAAGAAUGUCGAUUCAUCAUGUGCAACUUGAAAAACUUAACGAAUUUAAUCCUAGCGCAG